AUGGCACAAAAAAUAAUUGCAUCAAAAACUGGUGAAAAGACUCCCAAAGAUAAGGAAAUCAAUAUCUCUUCCUGGUACCAGUACGACACAAUACAAAGGACUUCUGAAGUGAAUGAUGAAAUUUGGACUUUCAAUGAUAUGAAAAAUGCACUCCCUUCCACUUGCCAGUAUAAAAUAAAAUCUGCAGCAAACGCAAACACUGGAGAAAAGUUUAUCAUUCCACAACAAAUAUCUGCAGUAAACAUUGGAGAUUGGAAUACUGAAGGUUGUGAAAGUACUGAAGAUUGGUCCAACACGGAACAAAAAAAAAUACUUACAGCAAACAUCAGAGAUUGGGCACCCCUUUGGAUGAAUGAUUUUCGCCAGGUAGAAAGGGUGAAGAAAUCAACUGAAAAAGUAGGUCAAAUUCGUUAUAAAGAUACAUUAUCAUGGGAAAUUGGUCACAAAUCCGAACCCUUUGAACUUCAUGAAUUGGGUGGACACAUUAGAUACACCUCACCUAUUCGGGAUUGGGCUAUACUUUAG